CCUAAACACUUUCCACCUACAUCUAGUACUAUAUCAGCAAUGGAAAAACGAGUUCAAAUGAUGAAAAAAAAAGCAGCCAAAAAAAGUGAAAAAAAAAAAUGAAUUUUUAAUAAAAAAAAUACCUUAUAAAAAUAAUUUUAACAAGUCAAACCCAAAAGUUAACUAUGAAAAAUAUGCAAUAAUUAUACAAACAAAUAUCCGAAAAUGGUUAGCAAGAAAAAAGUUUGAACGUAUGUUAAAUUAUUACAAUUACCUAAUUAAUUUCAUAAUUAAAGAAGAAAAUGAUUAUCAAAAUCAACUAAUAAUAAAUGAACAAUCACAUCUAUUGAACUUGAAAUACCCAACUAAAGUAAAAGAUUUUGAAGCACUUUAUUCAGCUAUAAAUGAUAGCUCUAUUAAAAACAAAACCAAUCUUAAAUGUAAACUACCUGUAUUUGCUAAAGCUGAAGGUAAACGAUUUUUGGAUAAAGAAUUAGAAUGCUUAAAAGAAAUAACAAAACAUAGAAAUAGAUUAAAUGCAAUUUCAAAAGAAAGGAAAAUUUUGAAAUUAUUGGAUCAAAUAACUAAACCAGUUACAAUAACACCCAAAUCAAAUGGUUAUGUGAUUUCCAUAGAUAACCCCAUAAAAUGUCAAGGAAAACAAUUGAACAAGUAUUAUAUAGCCUUAAAAAGUAACCAUCAAAGUAAAAAUGACAGAAUUAAAUUACUUCUUGAACUUAUAGAAAUUUUGAAAAAAUAUAAAGAACCAGGUAUCACAAGCCCUUUAAUAAAUUUAUUAAACAAAGAAUUAGAUAUGUUAGAUCUAUUACAAUUAAAAAAAUGUGAAUUACAAAAUUUAAGAAAACUUAUUGAAGUAACAUUUAGAAGUAUAUUACUAAAACCAGAAAUAAAUCCUGCAAUCACAUUACAAAAAAAAAUACCAAAGCACUUUAACUGUUUUAAUUGUAGAAACUUAAAACAAUUAGAAAAAUUUACAAUAAAUUUAAACUUGAAGAGUUUUACAAUGUGUAAAGAUUGUAACCAUUUAAAACGAAUUGCAAUAGAUCGUAUUAGUUUAUUGCCAUAUGAUAUUAUGUUAAAAGAUCUUAAAAUGAAUGAAGCUAAACUUUGUACAAAAUCUAGUAUAGUGUUCUUAUUGUCAACAGAAGAUGUUUACUACUUAGCAACAGUUAUAUGGAAAGGAAAAUCUGCAAUUAGUGAAUCUAACAACUUGCUAAAUUUAAGACUAACUCGUUGGUGUAGUAAUCAUGAUUGGUCACCAUCAAAUACAAUAUUAUUAACCAUUAGAGAAGCUUAUGAUCAUUUAAAAAUUAACGAUUUAAAAAAAAUAUAUACUUCUAGUUUUAUAGAAAAAGUAAAUAUAAAUCAUAUAACAGCAAAAAAAUAUUUUAAAAAUUUAAAACUAAAAUCUAUAAAAUUAGAUCAAAAUAUAUUUAAAAAAGUAAAAACACCAUAAAUUUAUGGACAUAAUUACUACAGUAAAUGAUUUUGUUACAACUUAAUGAUUUGUAUUUCAUUUGAAUUGUUUAUUUAUAAAAGGAAUAAAGUCACGUUUUUUAAUUAAUAAUUUCUAUGGCCAUAGACAUAUUGUUAACAUUUGAAAAAAUUAAAAUUUUUAUGAUAGUUCAUGGAUUUAUAUAUGUAUUUUUUUUAAUAAGAUAAUAUAAUAAAUAUUGCGAAAAUAAAACUUAACUAUUGUGCCUAAUAAUUAUUAAGAAAUCAUAAUACUAUAUAUAUUGGCAUAGAAGUUUUGGUUAACAUUGCCUAAUUAUACACAUUUAAGUUUAUUAUUUGUUAAUUUUAUUUACAAAAAUAAUGAAGUAUUUCAUUUAUAAAUAAAAAGGAUCAAAUUUAUU